UCUGCAUCUCUGCCCUCUCACGCGUUGCACUGUGCACAUCUCGCCGUCGCCCCCUCAGAAACACAGACCCGCUCUCUCGCCGUUGCACUUCUCCUCACGGCCUCACCUCUCGAGCCGUUCCCGUCGCGCACACAGCCCCUCGGCCCCUUUCUCGACGCUGCGCUGCCCUCUCUGUCUCUCACCGUCUCACGCAGCCCUCCCAUCUCUCACGCAGCCGGCAGCCCCUCUCUCACGUCUCUCUGUCUUCGACGGCUAUGAAAGAUUUAUUUGCAGAAGUGCAAUGCAGUAAUGAAGGGCAUACACAUCAUGGGACUGCUCUUAAGGUCUCCAUGUACAAUCAUAUCGGCAUCCCUUUUAAGGUCUCCAGCAUCAAGCAAGUGAAGGAAUAACUGGUCUGAAUUCAAGGCAUUACGCGUAUGUCUAACUUAAGGAGUGCUUGAGUGAUAAGAAAAGAGAAGCAGAUGUGGAUAUGCUGUCGAAAAUCUCUUUGGCACUUAGAAGCCUUGAGACAAUCCUCCAAGUCUCCAUGGCUUUUCUCAAUUUUUUCUCUCUACUCGGAUACUCCUCACAGGAAGUCUAAGCUUGCACCUUUACAGGAGAGGAAAAUGAUCGAUAGGUUCAGACUAAAUGCUAAAGGAGGUGAUGGUGGCAAUGGUUGUUCCAGCUUCCACCGUAGCCGGCAGGUUCGUCGGGGCAGACCUGAUGGUGGUAGUGGUGGAAGAGGUGGUGAUGUGAUUUUGGAAUCUUCCCCCACAGUUUGGGACUUCAGUGGUUUGCAACAUCACAUUACUGCAAACAGGGGUGGACCAGGAGCCUCAAAGAAUAUGAUAGGAACCAGAGGGGAAGAUAAGGUUGUCUACGUACCUGUUGGCACUGUGAUACAUCUUAUAAAGGGUGAAAUUCCUUCCACUGUUAAAAAUCAUUCUUCAACAGAUUUGGAUCCAUGGGAGAUUCCGGGUACACUUGUCGAUGGCACAUCUGAACCAAAUCAGGCAUCUACUUAUAAUGACCCUAAUAUGGCAGCUGAAGUUGAAUCAUUGCUCCAUACUGGUUGCUCAUCAGAUCAAAAUGGAGGCACUGUAGAGAUAUUGCCAGGCAUAAAGCAGCCAACUCAAGUUGCAUCAACCAAUGCUCUUCCUCAACUGUCUCCUCACCAUCAUACAUCCAAAGUUUGCAAGAAAGAAGAGAUGGAGGAGAAAGAAGAGACGGAGGAGACAGAACAAAUGCAAUACAAUGUUGCAGAAUUAACAGAACAAGGUCAACGAGUUAUAGUUGCUCGAGGAGGGGAGGGUGGUUCAGGCAAUGUUUGUACUUCCAGAGUUCCUAAUAAGCUCAAGUCUAUGAAGCCUGGGGUCGACAAGGAUAAAACUAUCGAUGUUGAAGUAUCUGAUAAUGAUCAGUCCACUCAUAGUGAGGGUUUGCCUGGUUCUGAAUCACUUCUUGAGUUGGAACUCAAGAGUAUUGCUGAUGUGAGCUUCGUGGGGAUGCCUAAUGCUGGUAAAAGUACUCUACUAGGUGCUAUCUCAAGGGCUAAGCCCUCUGUAGGGCAUUAUGCCUUCACAACUCUAAGGCCUAAUCUGGGGAAUCUGAACUUUGAUGACUUGUCAAUCACAGUUGCUGAUGUUCCUGGACUCAUAAAGGGUGCCCAUGAGAACCGUGGGCUUGGACAUGCAUUCCUGCGCCACAUAGAACGCACAAAGGUUCUGGCCUAUGUGUUAGACUUAGCUUCUGCAUUAGAUGGUAGAAAGGGUAUUCCGCCAUGGGAACAGCUGAAAGAUCUUAUUUUAGAGCUUGAAUAUCAUCAGGAGGGUUUGUCUGGUCGACCAUCCUUAAUAGUGGCAAAUAAAAUUGAUGAGGAUGGGGCUGAAGAAGUGUAUCGAGAAUUAAAAAGACGGGUUCCAGGCGUUCCUAUUUUUCCUGUAUGUGCUGUUUUGGAGGAGGGAAUAGCAGAGCUAAAAACUGGUCUUAAAGGGCUUGUGAAUGGUGAAAUUUCAUGCGGACUCAGUUUAGAUGAAAUAUUGCUUGAUUAGGCAGUACUGAUAAUUGUCCUUUGCUACCGAUGGAACCCCCCCCCCCCC